GCGGGUCAAAGCUCCUCCAAUGCAGAGGGUUCAGAGUGAUGAAUCGAUCGUCAACCCGAAGUAGUCACAUCAAGAUGUACCGGCCGGCGUAAUAGCCCAUCACAGCUAGUGAUAUACUCCGGAAACGCUUUGUGGGAUCCAAUAAUUAAUCGAUCGGUUUCGAGUAGGCCUUGGCUUGGACAACACCAGACAGGCCAAAGAGGGGAGGGAGGGAAUGACUGGACGGUCAACAGCAACGGGGUAUAUAAGAUCAGCCCAUCGAUCCCUUGAGGGCUACUAUCAUCUUCACCAACAUCUCCUUCAAUCAAAUUCGCCAUCAUGUUUUCUUCGUCCCAUCACUUGACUUUUGUUACUCUGGUGCUCACUGCCACCUGGUUAGCCCGUACUACCCUUGCUGCAGUGAAUUGCGAUACUAAAUUCGGCUCAGUCGAUACGAAUGAAUGCGCUCAAGCGGUUUCACAAAUCGUGUAUGAAAAACCAGGUAAUACUCUUGAUAGGGUCUCGACCGCGUUUGCGAAGCUAUAUGGUAAUUGUACCAUAUUCGUCUUCAACCCAGAAAAAGCCGUAGUAACCAAACAGCAAAUUGAAACUGGAUUUACCAGCAUCUUCGACCAAUGUAAAGCCUUUACGGGUCAAGUUUCACUAUCCAAUUCCUCCUUUAUCCAAGUCUCAGAACAUCGUCGAGGCUAUGAUAUCGGGUACAUCGAACCUCAAACCUUGACCUGUGGUCUCAACACCAACGCACCAUUGACAGUCGACAAAGAUUGCCAGGCUGCGUACAACAGCAUCCCAGUCGAUAAGCAGAGCCGCUUGUUAGGUGACAAUGGUCAGCCCACGACUACCAUAUUCAAGACUUUCAAAACUUGCACGCUACAAAUCUUCACAACCGAUGAAUCCGUUCUUAUCGGUACAAAGAGCGAGAUUGGUUCAGUUGUAUCGAAGACAAUCAAGGACUGUAAAGGGAAAUCGGGCGUCAUAGCUUCGUCGAAGGGAGGAGCUGGCAUUAAUGGACUCACUGUUGUUAAAGUGAGAAGUAGUUUAAAAUGUGCUGAUCGUAGAGAUCCUCCCGGGAAAUACCAAACGUGUGAAUAGUUCUACACCACCUCGGUGCUUGUUAUCAUGCAUUAUUCAGCUUUCACCACUUAUCAUAAACUUUAUUUUGCAAAGUUUCAACUCUCUAAACCCAUCAAAACGUUCAAGAUUUUAGCAUCACUGUAGUUCUACUUUCCUAUUGAAAAUUAUCCUUAUCCAGCACAUGAAUUCUAUAGGAUGAGAGAAGCAGUGAG